AUGGAUCUUGGAUUGAAGGGAGUGCAUGUCCUUGUCACAGGGGCAAGUGGCGGCAUCGGGCUCGAGACUGUGAAAUUAUUUUGUACACUUGGUGCAAACGUGACCGCACAUUAUAACUCGCACUUUGGUCCGAUACAGGAACUUUUGGCGUCGAACAUCAAUUUUCAACACGUCCAGGCGAAUCUGUCUGAAGAGGAGGCCGUGGUAACCAUGUUCAAAUCGCUCUCUACUAUGCCUCAUGGUCCCGUGCAAGUAGUCGUCAUCAAUCACGCUAUAUCUCACAGUUUAGCUGUGCCCAUUGCAAGGAUGACGCUGGAUCAAUGGAACACUACAAUAACUGUGAAUUUGACAUCUUCAUUCCUUGUGUGCAGAGAGUAUUUGAAGCAUCUGGAAAGGGCUUCCUCGGAUAUCAAGGAAAAGGCAGCAAUUAUUCUUGUCGGAAGUACUGCUGGGAAGUAUGGUGAAGCCAACAACGGGGACUACGCCGCGACUAAGAGUGCAAUGAUGUAUGGCUUGAACCUGACGCUGAAGAAUGAGAUCGUGAAGAUAGCCCCAAAAGGCAGAGUCAACUGUGUUGCACCUGGCUGGGUCAAGACGCGUAUGGUUGAAGACAUCUUGAAGGAUCCUCAAACAAUGUCUCGUAUAUUGGCCACGGUUCCACUUAAGAAAGUGGCGAUGCCAAUGGACAUCGCGACACAGAUUGUGGUUCUUGCAUCGUCUACUCUUUCUGGUCACGUCACUGGACAAGUGGUGAUGGUUGAGGGUGGAAUGGAAGGGAGACUGCUAAACAGGCCCGAAGACAUCGAUGGGCUGCAAGGAUGCUGA